CGCAGCCCAGGCCAGCUCUCCCUCGGCCCAGCUGCCGCGCCCCCAGGAGCCGAGCAGAUAAAACUCUUCAAUGCUUUGAAACAAACAGCUGUCAACCAAAGGAAUCAUUUGAUACUGACAUACCUAAAGUAAACUUUAGGCCUUCUAAAGGCAAUGGUGAAAGAAAAGAAAAGAGCAGACAAAAAAGGGGAUAAGUCUGCCCGCUCUCCAUCCACUCUUUCUGAUUAUCCAGAGUUUCCCAAACAAGGUGGCAAUGUUGCUAGACAAGAAAUAUCCCCCAGUGUUGUCCCACUGUUGGAAAUGCAGCUCAGCGAACGGGGAUUCAAAAGAGAGUCUGAACACCAGCAGAAUGAAGAUGCCACUCAGUAUGAGGAGCCCAUUCUGACCAAACUCAUAGUUGAAAGCUACGAAGGGGAAAAAGUCCGAGGACUGUACGAGGGGGAAGGCUUUGCCGUCUUUCAAGGAGGCUGUACCUACCACGGGAUGUUCUCAGAAGGAUUCAUGCACGGACCAGGCACAUAUGUUUGGGCCGACGGAUUGAAAUAUGAGGGGGACUUUGUGAAGAACAUUCCCAUGAACCAUGGCAUGUACACGUGGCCGGAUGGCAGCACCUAUGAAGGAGAAGUGAUAAACGGCAUGAGGAAUGGAUUUGGUAUGUUCAAGUGCAGCACGCAGCCUGUGUCCUACAUCGGCCACUGGUGCCACGGAAAGAGACACGGGAAGGGCUCCAUUUAUUACAAUCAAGAGGGCACCUCUUGGUACGAGGGAGACUGGGUGUUCAACGUCAAAAAGGGCUGGGGAACAAGAUGUUACAAAUCUGGAAAUAUAUAUGAAGGUCAGUGGGAAAACAAUAUGCGCCACGGGGAAGGCAGGAUGCGAUGGCUGACGACUAACGAAGAGUACACUGGUCAGUGGGAGAGGGGCAUCCAGAAUGGCUUUGGAACACACACGUGGUUUCUGAAGAGAAUCCCCAACUCCCAGUAUCCUUUGAGAAAUGAGUACAUAGGGGAGUUUGUAAACGGAUAUCGUCACGGCCAUGGGAAGUUUUACUAUGCCAGUGGAGCCGUGUAUGAGGGAGAAUGGGUUUCCAACAAAAAACAUGGCAUGGGCCGAUUUACGUUCAAGAAUGGGCGUGUGUAUGACGGCCUGUUCUCCAAUGACCACAUAGCGGAGUCUCUGAGUCUUGAAGCUGAGUUGAUAAGUUACCUGGACCGGUCUUCAGAGUCCGUCCCCAGGAGCCAGCACCGUGGGCCUUCCAGCAGUGCCGAAAUUAUCAGGAAGCUUGACGGCAGUGAAAGUAAAUCGGUGUUAGGAUCGAGCAUUGAGCUGGAUCUAAGUUUGUUGCUGACUAUGUACCCUGAGAAAGAUCAACCAGAGGAAAAGAAGCAGGUCGAAUACGCUGUCUUAAGAAAUAUCACCGAAUUAAGAAGGAUCUAUAGUUUUUACAGCAGCCUGGGAUGCGAUCACUCUCUGGAUAACACCUUUCUGAUGACAAAGCUUCACUUCUGGAGGUUUCUAAAAGACUGCAAAUUUCAUCACCAUAAAAUCACCCUUGCUGAUAUGGACCGGGUGUUAAGCACCAUUAAUGACAUACCAGUCGAAGAAAUUCAUUCUCCAUUUACAACAAUACUUUUGAGAACCUUUUUGAAUUAUCUCCUGCAGUUGGCGUACCACAUUCACCAUAAAGAAUACGAGAAUAGAAGCCCAUCGCUCUUUUUGUGUUUCACAAAACUCAUGACUGAGAACAUUCAUCCCAAUGCCUGCCACGUAAAAGGCAGUUUAUUCAGUGGGCAACAGCGGACACCGUACUCAAUGAAGUACAUCGAUAAGUGCUGGGAGCUUUAUACGGCAUACUGCAGACCGAAUGCAGCUCCUCCCCAUGAGCUGACCAUGAAGAUGAGGCACUUCCUCUGGAUGUUGAAAGACUUUAAAAUGAUAAAUAAAGAACUAACAGCAACCAAAUUUGUGGAGGUCAUAGCAGAGGACAAUCCUUUCAUGCAUGACGGAAUUGACAGCAACUUUGAACUUGAGCUGGUUUUCCUGGAAUUCUUUGAAGCUCUCUUAAGCUUCUCAUUAAUCUCUGUGACUGAUGAGAGGGCUAAAUCCUAUUCAAAUUUUCCAAACGAUGACUUGUCUGGAAGCAAACGCGGAAGUACUUACGGGACAAUGUUUCAGAACAUGCAGAACAGGAGUUCAAGUGCAGGGACAAGCCAGGACUCUGACCCGCAGAGCCCCAAGUCAUCGUCAAGCUCGUUAGGACUCCUGCUUGGCAGCAGCAAAAGAAAGAAAUCAGAGGUCAAGAAGUCUCCAAGUGACGAAAGAAUUUCCAAAAUGAAUUUUAAAUCUCCAGGAAAAGGGCUAACGUUUUUCUCAUCUCACAGUGAAAAAAAAGCCAAAGAUGAAGAAAAGGAAAAACUCAACACGUGGAUCAGUAACACGUACAUCUUCUUUGUGAACACUCUCUUUCCAGCACAUAAAUAUCAGGAAACUCUCAACGAGAAAGUCAGGGAAAAUAGAUUAUGUAAUGCAGCCAUGGCCAAACAGUGGAAAAUUGAAAAUGAGGAACUGGAGGCAAGGCUGAAUAGCUUGAGAGAAGAAGAGGCCAAAAGACAAGACUUUGAUGUCGACAUCACUGUGAUCAAGGAACCAAUGGAUGCCCCAUCCUUGAAUUUCACGCCGAGUGCCCCAAAAGAUGACACAGUGGUGUCCCAAGCCAGCAAGUCCAUCACAAGUAAGAAAAAGAAAAAGUAGAGGUUACUGGGUUCGUCAACGAGCUGCAAGGGCAAGCAGACAUAAAAAGUUUAGCCCUGAAGCACUGUAACAAAUUUCCUGAGCAAUAAAAUUGCC